AAACCACAUAGAGCAGAGAACAAAAUAGCACCUCAAAAAAAAAACGACUAGAUGCCAUUGCUCUCCCUCUCCACAAAGGCUUUCCUUCUCUUCCCAAGAAUGUCACACACAGCCACCAAAACGCGUCUCAGAGGCGUCGUUUUUGACAUGGACGGAACCUUAACCGUCCCCGUUAUCGAUUUCGUUUCCAUGUACAAAGCCGUACUUGGUGAAAACGAGUAUCAACGCAUCAAAGCUUCAAAUCCUGUUGGAAUCGAUAUCUUGAAACUUAUUGAUCAUUGGUCUCCUCAUCAACAACGUCAAGCUUAUGAUACUAUUGCUCAGUUCGAACAACAAGCUCUUCAUCAUCUCCAAAUCAUGCCUGGUGCUUCUGAGCUUUGUAAUCUUCUUGAUUCCAAGAAGAUUAGGAGGGGUUUGAUUACUCGUAAUAUGAAGUCUGCUGUUGAUUUAUUCCACCAACGCUUUGGGAUUACAUUUUCUCCAGCAUUAAGCAGGGAGUUUCGUCCUUAUAAACCUGAUCCAGCUCCACUACUGCAUAUUUGUUCUCUUUGGGAAGUUCAACCAAAUGAAGUAAUAAUGGUUGGGGAUAGCCUUAAAGAUGAUAUUGCUUGUGGAGGGCGAGCAGGAGCACAUACAUGUCUGCUUGAUCAAACUGGAAGAUACAAUGCUCCUGAGUAUGCUAAUGUCGAUUUCAAACCAGAUUUCAAGGUAACUUCCCUCGCUGAAGUUUAUUCACUUCUGGAGACAAAUUUUGAAUUGUCACCAUGAUGCCAAGUUUUGUUUGCGCGGAACAUUUAUUUUGUGGUUUAUGAUAUAAGAAUCUGGAGGUGACAUACAUUUGGGGCUAGUUUUAUUCCCCACCUUCUGUAAGGUCAUGAAAAAAAUCCUUGAAAAAUUUUUGGUUGGAGGAUUUCACGUGUAAUUUUUUAUAAUAAUGUUGUAAAAUAUCUUGGACAGUUGAUGCCAAGUUUUAUUGACUUCUUAGGGCAUGAAUGCCACAAAAUAGUGGUAACUUCCAGAAAUUAACGUCUAUUUUAUUGUAAAUGAUGUUACCUUAGCUUCUUUGGACUUGUGGGUUCUA